AUGUUGAGCCCAGAAGAGCUACGUGCCUCUAGCGAUCAAAACGAAGCAAAGGCGGGAAUGUGUACGCCAUCUCCACACGAAGGUUCCACCGUCGGUGAAGCUCAGCUCUGUUAUCUUGGUGGUCUCAGUCCAACGAUCGAUUGUCAGCCGAUACCACUGGCCGACCGCGUUCACGGAGGACGAAUUCCUGCUGCCUCAUCACUGAAGCCGGGCUCGUCGACCAUGGCUAUGGACGAUGGAAAUGCCAAUGUCAAUUUGGCCUCGCAACAGAAGUCAAAACUGUGGAUAGAGGACCAUCCGGAGCGGGAAACAUGCGGCACCCCAGAAAGAGAUGGAGAAGCCUCGACUUCCAAGAUCCCUCCGGCUCACUCCGCAGUCGCGAAGGUAUUUGACACAACAGAGCUGUGCAAAGAAGUCGCCCGGCACAUUGCAGACUACGACGACAUGCACGCAUUCCGCAAAGUCUGUCGAUCCUUCUACGCCACCUCGCAUGACAACAAGCACGGCCGUAUGAUUUGCUGUCUGCAGGAAUCGACUACAAGCGAGCUCUUGGAGUACUACAGAAUUGAUGGCAUGCUCACGCCCUUCAUUUCGCCUGCAUCUGUCCAGACGACCGAUAGCUAUCUGAUUGGCCGCACAACGAUCGUCAAGCAUCAUCCUGCAGCAGAGACCGUCGAGUGCCUCCCCAGGAACCUGGUGGCCUUCUCCGUCACGUCGAGACGUCUGUUCGCACCCAAGAUGUACUCUGAGAUGCUCCUCACACAACUAGCGCCAGUUUCCAUUCUGGUAGAGGUCCGAUCCCUUUACCCAGAGCAUCAGUCUCUCGUUACGCAAUGGGAAAGCGAGUUCCAGGUCAAAGUCGAGCGCGAGGAGGGCAUUCGCUUAGUCGAUAUCGCUAAUGCAGUGGAGUCCCACUUGGAGGCCGAGUACCCAGACAUGAACAAGUGGGCUCUGAAGUUCUACUGUGAACAAAAGGGGCCAGCAGACCGGAAAUUACUGCAACGACGAAUCGGGGAAUAUCGAGCGAAUCUCCAAAGACCCGCAUCUUGGUACCACGACGACGAAUCGCAAGGACUGGACACUGGACCUGGACAUGUGAAAGUACACAGACCACCGGUCGACGACGCCGAGGCCAUUGCACAAAUGUUGGAUGUGCCAAAUGGCAAGAUAUUCGGCGCAAAACAGCUCGCAGACGCGCAGCUCAGAGUAGUCGACGAACUUCAUUAUGCUCACGACAAGACACGAGCAGAGUUGACUGCUGCACUUGCAAAGGUUGAGUUCACGACCAAGAAGCUGGACGACGCAAAGCGCACGGCUGAGGAGCAGAUGACGGCUGCAAGACGCAGUGAAAAUGAAGCGAUGGAAGUGAAGGACGGCGAGCUGGCGGAGGCGAGGGAAAUCAUCCGAAAGAAGGAAGACGAGUCGAGUGAAGCGCGGCGUCUGAAUACAGAGCUCACAAAAGCAAGAGGUGUCGACCAGGACACGUCACGUCGCACGCUCGAAGAACUUGUCAAGAAGAAGGAUGCCGAGAUAGCCGAAUUCAACCGCAUCGCCGCCAAAGCUGUCCAUGCGAAGAGCGAGGAGUCGGAAGCGAGUGAACGUCUGGCUGAUGCCUCUCGCAAAGAAGCGACUCGCGUGGCAAAUGAAGGUAAUGAAGAAGCGAGGAAAAGGGUUAGAGGAGACGAGGACAGCGCAUGCUGUAGUAAAGAACCAACUAGAGUCAGAACUAUCAUCUACGCAAGAGAAUGCAAGACGGAAGGGAUUGAGCUGGAGGCACUACGACGACGCUAUGAUGGACAGGAGGAGAAAUGCAAGUCGGCAGAGAAGGUCGCUGUGGACAUGGUAGUAUCGCUACCAGCGAAAGAGUCUGAACUGUCAGCGGAGAAGAAAAAACUGGAAACAUGUGAGGCAGACCUCGUUCAAACACGGGGCGCCGUCGAAGCCGCCAACGCAAAGGUCAUCAAUCUGGAGAAAGAGCUAGAGCAAAGAACCGAGGAGAUAGAAGGACUUCAAGGAGGCGCGGAACAUGUACAGUCGACUCUCGAUUCGACAGAAAAACGAUACUUGCAGCUGGCUCAGACAAAGCUUGAGCUGGAUGGAGAGAUCAACACGAUGGCAAUGGAACUGGAACAGAGCAGAUCCGCAAUUGAGCAGACACAUAGAGCUCUGCGUACCACGAAAGGCGAAGAGGAAAAGUUGGAAGCCAACUCGCUGAGUCCAAAGGCCAGCUUCGUCAGGAAAAGGUCUCGUCUGAAAGGCGGAUCAACGAGCUUAGGACCGCCAAUACUAAGCUGGGAGCCCAAGUGCGAGAUGCCACACGAGAUGUACAAGACCAAGAAACUGCAUCAAAGCAGGAGAUUGAUGCCAUCGAGGCGGCCAGGACAGCAGACAAAGAGAAAUCAACAACGAGAAAGAUCGGUUGGAGGAGUCACUGCGCGAACGGGACGACAAGAUCGAACGUUACAGUGA